AUGAUUCACAAUGUUGCACAUUAUAAAAAAAACAAAUGGUAUACAAAACAGCAUUUAAUUGAUUGGUUUACAUGCGCAGGUAUAUUUAUAACAGAGAGUAUUAUAUUCAACUUUGUAUUACAACCAAAUGUUAGAUACGAACCAGAUGGAUCCAAUUUUCAAGCAGUUCAAUACCCACUUCUUCCAGAUAUUGUUCCAGCAUGGUUAUUAAUGAUUAUAGCCAUUGUUUUACCAAUGAUUGUUUUCUUGGGAUUCUUUAUUAACCAUCGUAAUGGUCACGAUCUCCAUCAUGCAGCACUUGGUUUAUUCCAAGCAUUCACCAUUACAAUGUUAUUUACAGACACAUUAAAGAUUAUUGCUGGUCGUUUAAGACCAGAUUAUGGUGCCAGAGUCGCAUUAAAUGAUGCUGCUUUAAUUAGAGACGGAAGACAAUCAUUCCCAAGUGGUCAUAGUUCAGUUUCAUUCUGCGGUAUGACCUUUUUAGCUUUCUAUCUUUGUGGUAAAACCAGAGUUUUCCUUAGAGAUGGGGGUAAUAUUUUCACAGCUUUAAUUUGUUUAUCACCAUUUAUGGUUUCUAGUUUAGUUGCUGUAUCACGUGUUGUUGAUUACCACCACAAUUUCGAUGAUAUUCUUGCAGGCUCAGUACUUGGUUUAGCAAUUAGUUCAUUUGUUUAUUUUAUGAAUUUCAAUUCCUUAUUCUCUAAACAAUGUUCAUUACCAAAGAAUAGAAUCAAUCCACAUUAUGCCAAGAAUGCCUUAAUUACAAAUGAAGAUUAUGUUAGUCUUUCAUUCUCCCAAGAGGCCUAA